AUGGAUAGCGAUUGGGAGGCGGAGGAUGUGCAGUCGCCACGCGACGGCUCGGGUGGCGAGGCACCGCAGCAGACACAGACAGGUACACACCUGAGUCGAAUCCCCAACCAAAGCCUGGCGGAAUCGGAAGGCGGCGGAGACAUGGAUGGAAAUGCCGCAGAAACUAGCAAAAAUGAGGAUGAGCUGCCGGAGGGAUGGGUCAGACAUGGGAAGGGGCUCAUGCUCGAGGUGCCGAUCACGCCCCGAAUGAUCGCCUCGGAGCGCAACAAAUUGCCACCGCCGCACUUCAAGUUCACCGCAGAUACGAACCGUCGCUCUGCAGGACGGCUGCAGGCGGCGCUGCUGCAUAUCGAUCGCGAUGCGGUGCGACGGAUGAAGAACGAGCAGAACGUCAGGGUUAGGGCGGCGAGGCCCGCCAGUGAUGGGCAAGAGGCAGACACAAGCUCCCCCAUGAGAACGCGUGAUGCCUCGAUGCGCUGCUACAGGUCUCUGAGAGAGAAUCAGCACACGGCGUCCCCGAUCAGCAGAGCGAAAGGCGAGGAACAGUUCGAUCGCAAAAUCGCCUUCAUGAAGAAAGAGCAUGAGCGCCAGCUCAUAGAGGCGAAGCGGCAGGUGCUGGAGCAUGUGGACGUCCUCAUCAAAAAGUACCGCCAGCUGGCCAUCGACGCCGUGAAGGUGGCGAGGGAGGAGCAAAAGAAGGCGGAAGCAGAACGCCGGAACACCUUCGAAGCGUGCGCGCGAUACGAAGCGGAGCUGAAGGCCAAUGUGCGGAACGCCAUCGCACACCUGAAGCUGUCAUCCCAGGCGGAACAUGACCGCAUCGCAGCCGAGCGGGAUGCACUCCAGAGGAGGUGCGCCGAUAUGACGCCGAAAGCGGAGGCGUGGAAGCCAGCGCUCGAUCGCAUCACGGCGCAGCUCGCCGCCAAAUUCAAGGGCAACCAAAAGUUCACCAUAGGGAUCAUAGAUGACACGCGUGACAUGAUUAUUGACGAAUUUCACGCCUUCAAAGCAUCGACGGCCGAGCUCAUGGUCCAAAAAUUUGUGGCCAACGGAUGCGACCUGCAGAACCAGGAGGCCGAACAAUUCGUGGAACACGUGCUGAUGGCCAGCGGAGCAACAAACCGCUCCGUAUGCCACGACGAGCAAGAACAUCAGCGGCAAUGGGAGCAACAACGGCUGCAGAAAAACAUUCACCGCACCCGUAAUCACGUUAGCCAGGAGAAAGAAUUCGAUCGAGUGCUUGCCGAUGCAUUCCACUACGGUGACGUCCAUGUUCACCUGAUCCGGGUGAUGGCUGUGAUGCGGGAACGUACCAGAGUCCUCGAACUGGGAAAACCCAGAAGGAAGAGCGCAAACGAUGCCGACGCGCAUAACAUACCGAUACUAAUAAAACUGAAAAAUUGA